AUGGAACCGGCUGACACCGUUUCGCCUGUGAAGGAGUUCUGGGUACAAUACCAAAUGGACAGUGAAACUGAAGGUACCCAAUGGCGAACACAUCCAGUUCCCGUACAAGCACAUCCCAAUGACCGAAUCGAAGGCGAUCAACGAAUGGUCAGCGGAAAAGCCACUGUCGCAUUGCAACCAUUUGGACAUUACGUCUUCCGGGUCCUGGCUCGAAAUGGAGUUGGUGACAGUUCACCAACGAGAGUAAAAGACAGCUGCAUUACUCCGCCGAAACAACCAGACAGGAACCCGGCUGGAGUUUGGGCCAAAGGUGCCAGCCCUGAGAACAUGGUUGUACAUUGGCGACCAAUGCCUAGGGAAGAGUGGAAUGGACAGAACUUCCACUACAAAAUCAGGUAUGUCAUAUCAUGAGU